GAGAGAAGAGCUACAGAUUCUCCAUCCUCGGUCUUUGCAAGGCGACGGCUGUGCCAGCCGGCUCGGCAGGCUCCUGGCAGCAUGGCAGUGCCGCUCCGGGCCCUCCUGCUGGUCCUCUCGCUGGGCCUGGCCCAGCCGGCCUCUGCCCCCCGGAAGCUGCUGGUGUUCCUGCUGGAUGGUUUCCGCUCCGACUACAUCAGCAACGAGGCCCUGGAGUCCCUGCCUGGUUUGAAAGAGAUUGUGAGCCGGGGGGUGAAAGCGGACUACUUGACCCCAGACUUCCCCACGCUCUCUUAUCCCAACUACUACACCCUGAUGACCGGCAGACAUUCUGAGGUCCACCAGAUGACCGGGAACUACAUGUGGGACUCCAACAGCAAUAAGUCAUUUGACAUCGGUGUCAACAAAGACAGCCUGAUGCCUCUCUGGUGGAAUGGAUCAGAACCUCUGUGGGUCACCCUGACCAAAGCCAAAAGGAAGGUCCACAUGUACUACUGGCCAGGCUGUGAAGUGGAGAUUCUUGGUGUGAGACCCACCUACUGCCUGGAAUAUAAAACUUCCCCGACGGAUAUCAAUUUUGCCAACGCAGUCAGCGAUGCUCUCGACUCCUUCAAGAAUGGCCGUGCCGACCUGGCCGCCAUAUACCACGAGCGCAUCGACGUGGAGGGCCACCACUACGGCCCCUCGUCGCCGCAGAGGAAAGACGCCCUGAAGGCCGUGGACACCGUCUUCAAGUACAUGGCCCAGUGGAUCCAGGAGCGGGAGCUGCAGGACAAGCUCAAUGUCAUCAUCUUCUCCGACCAUGGGAUGACCGACAUCUUCUGGAAGGACAAAGUGAUUGAGCUGAAGCAGCACAUCAGCCUGGGGGACCUGCAGCAAGUGAAGGACCGCGGGCCCCUUGUGAGCCUCUGGCCAGCUCCCGGGAAACACGCUGAGAUAUACAACAAGCUGCGGACGGUGGAGCACAUGACUGUCUACGAGAAGGAAGCCAUACCCAGCAGGUUCUACUACAAGAAAGGGAAGUUUGUCUCUCCACUGACCUUACUGGCGGAUGAAGGAUGGUUCAUAACUGAGAGUCGAGAGCUGCUUCCGUUCUGGAUGAACAGCACCGGCAAGAGGGCAGGCUGGCAGCGCGGAUGGCACGGAUACGACAACGAGCUCAUGGACAUGAGGGGCAUCUUCCUGGCCUUCGGACCCGAUUUCAAAUCCAACUUCAGAGCCGCCCCGAUCCGCUCCGUGGAUGUCUACAACGUCAUGUGCCACGCGGCAGGCAUCGCCCCGCUGCCCAAUAACGGGUCCUGGUCCCGGGUGAUGUGCAUGCUGAAGAGCCCGGCCAGCGCGGCCCCGCGGCACUUGUCCGGGGGUUUGGCCCUGGCCUUGACUCUGCUCUUGCUCCUUCAGUAGCUGCUCCUUUGUGUCCCAAACACUCAGACAAGGGGGCCUUCACGGGGGGAAGGUUUUAUGUCCUAGUUGAAUAAUAGCUUCUUUAACACAAUCAAGGCCACACACAUUGAAAAUAUUUUAUUCUUGGAUGAUUCUAUACAUAAAAAUCCCUACUUCUUAAAAACAAAUAUCUGAACUUUAUUUUUUUUUCUGAAGAUAAGGAAAAUCUUGCUCUUAACUUGUUCGACUGUAUGUCAGCGUGUCCUUUCUUUUUCAUUUGGAAAUGCAGAUGAACUGUCUGAGCAAGGGCCUGUCCCUAGCAAACAGCCUCUGAGAGAAUAUUGUGUGAGAGUCCUGGACCCCACUCUGUCCCGCUCUGCACAGAGCAGCCCCUCGCCUGUGCCCCGUGCACACCCAGGAGCCCGCCUGGGGUUCUAUGGCCACAAGUCCUGGACUGUGCCUUCCUUCCCAGAGAAAGGAGGCUCCCCAGGACAGCUGUGGCUGCCAUCUGCUCCUGCCCCAGCUCAUGGAGUUUUUCCUUCUUCUACAAAAACCCCGAAAGGGUGUUAUCUUAGCUUGGGCCACCCAUCAAUCAAAAUCACGAAGGAUUGGAGAACUCAGAAUAAGGCGGCAGGCAUGACUUCCCUCCCAAAGUCGGGAUGCACAAAGAUGUCCCCCUCGCCUUGAGGAGCAGAAGGGCUUAGCGUAGAUCGGGGCUUCUGUGUGACUUCUCACGGGGCAUCACGGCCCGAGGCCCCGCCCGUAGCAGCCCCUGGGUGCUGUGGGGGGAUGGAUGGAUGGCCCGACACCUGCCAGGGUGAAGGCCUUCUCAGACUACACUCUUUGGAUCACCACACACAACAUAGACUAUAGCAACACCCGACACACAUUACAGCUGGGAAAGAUAUCUGGCUGAUGAGCGAGGGGACACAUUUGCAGAAAUCUCAGUUCAUUGCUUGGAAUGAUGGUGCAUUAAGCAUAAGAUUUAUGCGUCGGUGUGCUGGAGCUUUGCUUGUUAAACAACAACAGCAAAGUGGAUCCCUGAGUGACCCAGAAUUCCAAGGAAAAUCGGGGCGGGGUGGGGGGAGAGAACCUGAUGGAAUCAAAUCCCCGUCACUCACCAAAAGGCCAUUUGUUAGGAAAGUGGUGAAACCGCCACCUGCGAGACCUGAGGUCUUAAAGCCCGCGAGACCUGAGGUCUUAGAGCCCCUGAGAUGAGCCGUUGAACCUGGCUGAAAUGUUUUCAGUUAAUCAUCGAGCCGGGUGCAGGGGAUCUUGCACAAACAAGGGACAACUGCAUCUUUAAGUGAUCGGAGUCAUAGACACACGUCGUGGCAUUAAAAAUGACUUUGCAUUAAGCGAGGUGGAUCUGCUGGUGCAACUUUCGUGUCAGGAAAACAACCUCGGGUCUCCUCUGGACGAUGAAGCCCUUCCAGGCUGCUGAUCUCAAUGCUCACCCUGACUCCAGCAGGUGAAGCCAGCCGCCUCUGUGCCUUGAGUCAUGGGAGCAGAGGUCCCUGCUCCAAAACGUCUACUUCCUCUCCCCACAAGCUUUCUAAGGGCUUACGUAACGUGUUUUUAGAAUGCAGCGUCGGAUCCAAGGGAACGCAGGCAAACCAGCCUUUGUCUGGCUGAAAGCAAAUCAGUGCUCUCAACACUGAAGUGCACGCCUCUUGUUCCAGGUUCCCUCUCUCCUUAAAGGACGGAGCUCUGAUGAAUACCGCCUGGCCCACCUUCCUGUGAAGCAAGGAUCCUGAAAAGUGGGUCAUCAAAUGAAGAGGGGUCUACACAUGUAUACCGUCUUGCAUUUGUCUUUCAUGCUCUAUUCUACCCCCCCACCCUCGCCACACACACACUCAUGCCUAAAACCUUCAAGUUACGUAAUCAGAUUUCAGAUAGUUGGCUGACAAAGUGUAGUUACUCAGUAAAUACUCUGAGAAUAAGGAACUUUUGGAAUCAUGACUAUUGGUAACUAAUUAAGAGAAUUCAGCCCCUAAAUGGAGAAAAAACUUUGUGCCUAAAAGAAUGCAUGCAUUUUAGUGGCUAGAUUCUUUGGCUAAAGUUCCCCCUCCCCCACCCCCCGCCCUUUAAUUUUUGUUUUAAAGGUAUAUUCUUUCCCCCAGGAAAAUUUUACUUUCUCUAAAUGGUUUUGUUCCCCAGAAGUAAAAUCUGUGAGGACUACAAAUAGACAACCUUUUCUGGAUUAUUUUACUACUCCGUGGCUAAUUCCAGGAGGAUGAGAACGACAAUUGGAUUGCCCUGCCAAUAACAAAGAUAAAGGGAAGGAAGAUCCUUAAAUCGAAGAGAUGAAUGGCCACUUUCCCUGUAUAUAUGCACCAUCUCCAGAACCCAAUCCAAUUACGUUCUGAAGAUGUAAGCAUAA